AUGCGGUGGUGCCUUGCGUUGCUUGUCUGCUGCUUGUUGGCUGCCGUAAAUGCGCUGAGUAGCUCCGGCAGCCGCCUGUUGGCCGUCCUGGAAGACACAGACCAAAAGGACCUUUACUCUACGCUGUGGGCUGAUCUAAAAGCCCGCGGAUACGAUGUCUCGAUCGAAUCCCCCAAAAGUGACCAGCUUGCUCUUUUCAAGCAUGGCGAAAGAGCUUACGACCACCUCCUGAUUCUUCCUCCCAAGUCCAAGGGCCUUGGUCCCUCUUUGACCCCCAAGCACAUUGUCGACUUUAUGAACAAGGAUGGCAACAUUCUCCUCGCUCUCUCCGGAAAAGCCUCUACCUCCAGCGCCGUCAGCUCUCUUCUCCUUGAGCUCGAUAUUCACCUCGCGAAUGACCGCUCGGCUGUUGUCAUCGACCACUUCAACUAUGACACUCUCUCGGCCGCUGAGAAGCAUGACGUCCUUGUCCUUCAACGCCCCGGACCCCUCCGUACCGAUGUGAAGGCAUUCUUUGAUGGCGAAGGUGUUCUUGCCCUUCCCCGAGUUGCCCCGCAGACUCUGGGUGGUGAGAGCACUCUUCUUGCUCCAAUUCUCUCGGCCCCCGCUACCGCAUACAGCUACAACCCCAAGGAAGGCGUGCCCGCACCGGAGGACAUUCUGGCUACAGGCUCUCAGUUGAACAUUGUGUCUUCGAUGCAGGCACGCAACUCGGCCCGCUUCACCGUUCUCGGCUCCGUGGAGUCCCUUGAGGACAAGUGGUUCUCAGCUUCCGUCAAGACCCCCAGUGGCACCGAAACCCCCACCGUCAACCGCGAAUUCGCCAAGCAGUUGACCGCUUGGACUUUCAAGGAGACUGGUGUCUUGAAGGUUGAGAAGGUUGAGCACCGCUUGGCCACCGAGGGCUCAGAGCUCAACCCCUCCAUCUACCGUAUCAAGAACGAGACUGUAUACAAAAUUGAAGUUUCCGAGUACGUCUACGACAAGUGGGUUCCAUUCGAACUCCCCGCCGAUGAUGAACUCCAACUCGAGUUCACUAUGCUUUCGCCCUUCCACCGUCUACCCCUCAAGCCCAUCGGCCGCACAGAGACCAGCACUGUUUUCAGUGCUCAGUUUGUGACCCCCGAUCAGCACGGUAUCUUCUCCUUCCGCGUCAACUACAAGCGGCCAUUCUUCACCGCCAUCGAGGAGAAGCACGAGGUUACUGUUCGCCACUUCGCUCACGACGAAUAUCCCCGCAGUUGGGUUAUCACCGGUGGUUGGGUUUGGAUCGCCGGUCUCUGGGCCGUCAUUGGAGGAUUCCUGGCGUUCGUAGUCGUCUGGCUCUACUCUGCGCCCGUGGCAGACAAGCUUAAGAAGACUCAGUAG